ACUAUGUUCUUUUGUGUUCAACAGAGGAAAGAAAAUCAAACAAGUUCAUGACAAGUGAAGUGUAAGUAAAGGAUUUUCAGUUUUGGGUGAACUAUCUCUUUAAACAGUUCUUUUGUGGGGUAAAAUAAAAGUAAAGUAUUUGUUCAUCCGUUAAAGGUUAUAUGGAAAGCACUAUUGACAGAUUUAACAAUGGACCUGUCUAUCUGCUCAACACAUGCUUUGAUUGAAAAGUAUUUGCACCAGCACAGUACACAAUAUGUAUUCUGUAAACAAAGGUAUAAGGUUUGACAUUCCAGUUUGAUUACUUCCCUUGUUAUACAACCUGUGGGAGGAACAACACCUUGUUAUGCAACUCAAAUUUAAAUACAUUUGAUAUUCUGUUCAAAAACAAGGAAGAGAAAGCAGAAUUUGACAGAAAGGAGCUGAUUUUAAAGAGAGAAAACAUUCAGUUCAAAGCUCAAAACACGGUCUUGACCAGAAGGAAAGCUAAAAUGCAUUCCCCUUUGUCUUUGGAAAUCAAGUGCUCCGUGUGUCUGAGUGAUUUUACGGAUCCGGUGACUCUCUCUUGUGAGCAUUCGUUCUGUCGUCAAUGCAUUACUGGCCAUAUGCAGGCCAGCCUGGGACCAAGUGCCUGUCCAGAAUGCCAAAAACCUUACAACGAAAAAGACCUGAAAGCCAGCCGUUUACUGAGAAACAUGACCUCGACAGUACGUGGGCACCUUGCAGAGCAGAAAUCAGACAGAUCCACACCUCAAGAAGGAACGCAAACAUUGAAGCUUGCAGAUAUGGAGAAGAUGCUGAUGUGUUCUGAACACGACGAGAAGCUCAAACUGUUCUGUGAGACUGAUCAGAAGCUGGUGUGUGUCAUCUGCAGGGAUGGAGACAAACAUAAAGGACACGUCUUUAAACCAGUGAAAGAAGCUGCAGAGAUAAACAAGGGGAAGCUAAAGACUGCUUUGGGUUUUCUUGCCAAAGAAAAUGGACAACUGGAUUACAUGAUACAACAACAGACCUCAGAGAUCACCAAAACUGAGGAUAAAUCCAAAACCUUAUCAGCCCAAAUCUCUGAUCAUUUUGAAGAACUGCACCAGAUCUUACGACAAAUAGAGGAUGAGGUGAAAAAACUGUUAGAGAAGGAGGAGAAGAAAGUUACAGAAGCCUUGCAGACUAAUCAGUCUGUGAUAAAUCAAAGGUUCAUGGAGAACAAAGAGAAGGAGAUUAUUCUGCAGUCAGCUUUGGAGAUUGAUCAACCCGAUCACUUUCUACAGUGGUGGAAUGAAAAAGGAUUUCCGAUGACAAAUAACAUGAAGCAAAAAGCUGGUGUGAAGCCAUCAAAUACCCAGUAUAUGUCAAGAGUGAAAGAUCUCACAGUUCUUCCUGACUCCCUCUUUCUUGGUCCUCAUGAAACUCACCUGCAGUUCUUUGUGUGGAAGCAGAUGCUGGGAUCCAUCAAACCAGUUCCUGAGAGUUUAACCCUGAAAAAUCCUGGAGAGUCAUAUUUAAAAGUGUCUCCAGGGGGCACCAGAAUCCGGCAAGCUGACAGAGCGACUGGUCUGUAUAAAGACUUCAACCCAGGUACAGUUUCAGUGGAGAACUUUCAGUCUGGUCAGCACUACUGGGAGGUAGAGGUCGGAGAAAAGCCAGACUGGACCGUGGGAAUCAAGAUGGGCACUGACAAACAGCGGAGUGACAUCCUGCUCCAUCUUAAACACCAUAAAGGCUACGUUCUUUCCUGUGAUGGAAAAGACUCUCCAUUAAGCAUUCGAGACAGACCUCAGAAAAUUGGCUUGUAUCUGGACUGUGAGAGAAAGCAGGUGCUGUUCUAUAAUGCUGACAACAUGACUCGGCUGGUGCAGAAAAACUACAGCUCUAAGCAGCCUUGCUGUGUUAGUCUGGUGCCAGGAGUGUAUCUGGAUGGUAAAAACAGCGACCCGCUCACUGUCUGCUCAUAUGAGUUCAACACUGGGAAACGUUAAAUUAAUAUAGACAUCACACUGUUACUAAAUAUGUAUCUUUAUUUCACAUUUGUAUCAGUCAGUCACUGCAAUGAUGAUAUAAAAGGAGAAUAAUUUAAAUGCAUUGAACAAUUCUUCAAAUUAAUUUCUUCUUGUUCUUCAGCUGAUCGAAGCCAGGAUGAAAAAAUAAAGUUGCUUCUUUGC